AUGGGAACAACGCUGGGUAAACUAUGUUCGUCAUCGAGCGUGCCUGCAGUGGGGUCGGUCCUAGAUAGGGUGAUAUCGCAGCCCAGUAGUGAGGAUCAUACCGUGCUGUAUAAGCUGGCAGACUAUAAGAAAGGUGGAAUACUCUUAGAGACGUACACAAAAGGUGGUAUGUCAGCCGCGGAGAAGUUGAUCCGCGAAGAAUUCGCGGGCUACAUGUAUGCGGGCGGACGGGGCCGGGUGAUCAACAGAGCUGAGUAUUUGCGGUGGAAGUUUCGAGAACAGGAACAGGUAGUUCUUCCAAUCGAAGCGUCGCUAUCCCCACACGACCCUUUAGCUAAAUGGGAGGACCAUACCGCUUGCUGGCAGAUGAGUUACAGAGGGGCGCUGGGAGAGUCCCUGUUACAUGUUCUGAUUAUAUGCGAUACUAAGAUUCACACACGUUUAGCAAGAACAUUAGUUAAAUGUUUUCCCAAACUAUCACUAGAUGUCGUGGAAGGCGAAGAAUAUUUAGGUGCCAGUUCAUUGCAUCUUGCUAUUGCGUACAGCAAUAAUGAAUUAGUACAAGACUUAGUCGAAGCUGGUGCUGAUGUUAAUCAAAGAGCCAUUGGUAGUUUCUUCCUCCCCCGCGACCAACAGCGCGUGCCACCAACCCGCCAAACAAACUACGAAGGGCUCGCCUAUUUAGGAGAAUAUCCACUAGCCUGGGCCGCGUGCUGUGCGAAUGAAGCCGUGUAUAACCUUCUUUUGGAUUCUGAUGCUGAUCCUGACGCGCAGGAUUCGUUUGGGAACAUGAUACUGCAUAUGGUCGUUGUUUGUGAUAAAUUGGACAUGUUCGGCUACGCCCUCCGACACCCAAAAGUCCCCGCAAGCAACGGCAGACAGAAUAAAGCUGGUUUCACACCACUAACGCUCGCCUGUCAGCUUGGUAGAGCAUCUGUGUUCAGAGAAAUGUUGGAACUGUCUUCUAGAGAGUUCUGGAGGUAUUCUAAUAUCACGUGCUCGGCUUAUCCGUUGAAUGCUUUGGAUACGUUAUUGCCAGAUGGUCGGACAAAUUGGAAUUCUGCGUUGUUCAUAAUCUUGAACGGAACAAAACAGGAACACUUAAACAUGUUAGAUGGUGGGAUUAUUCAAAGGCUUCUUGAAGAAAAAUGGAAAACGUUCGCUAGGAAAAAGUUCCUCAAACGUCUGAUGAUACUCAUGCUUCACUUGCUCUUACUCUCCGUAUCAGUAUAUUUACGUCACAGUAGUGCAGAAGCAGACGCUUACCCAGACUGGGGGCUCGAAAUAACAGACGCUAGGAGUGGGAUACGACUCGCGUGUGAACUGGGCACAAUAAUGAGUACCUUGUGCUAUAUUAUACUGCAGCAAGGAGAUGAGAUCAAGAAUCAGGGCGUUGUCGCUUAUAUCAAACAAUUGAUACAUGAACCAGCUAAAUUUAUAUUCCUGGCUUCUAAUCUUUUACUACUUGCGUGCAUACCGGCGAGGCUGAGUCGUCAAACGAUGUUAGAGGAAGCCAUUUUGAUUUUUGUUCUGCCCGGCUCAUGGUUCCUUCUAAUGUUUUUUGCGGGCGCAGUCAAACUUACCGGUCCCUUUGUGACAAUGAUCUACAGUAUGAUAACCGGUGACAUGUUCACAUUUGGUAUUAUCUAUUGCAUCGUACUUUUUGGCUUCUCGCAGUCUUUCUACUUUCUCUACAAGGGAUUCCCUAACGUUCAGUCGACUUUGUACUCUAGCUAUCCAAGCACUUGGAUGGCACUGUUUCAGAUUACACUCGGCGAUUAUAGUUACUCAGAGCUCGCGCUGACGAUAUACCCCAACCUAUCAAAGACAGUUUUUGCCGUAUUCAUGGUAUUUGUACCAAUAUUACUGCUAAAUAUGUUGAUCGCCAUGAUGGGCAACACGUAUGCUCAUGUCAUUGAACAAUCGGAAAAGGAAUGGGUUAAACAGUGGGCGAAAAUCGUAGUAUCUCUAGAACGUUCGGUGGCCCAAGAGGACGCGCACAAGUAUUUGCAAGAGUACUCUAUAGGGCUGGGCCCAUCAGACGACCCGCGGUAUGAACAACGCGGGGUUAUGGUCAUCAAGAGUAAGGCGAAGACCAGAGCCAAGCAGAGGAAAGGCGCUUUGGCCAAUUGGAAGCGUGUAGGUAAAGUGACGAUAGCGGAACUGCGUAAGCGCGGGAUCACGGGCGAGGAACUGCGCAGGCUCAUGUGGGGAAGAGUCUCUAUAUCAACGCCUACUAAGAAAGCUCCUGUACCACCCCCCGAAGUGGUGAAAGAAGCAGCUGGUGUAGGCGGAGUUGCGUUAUCUUCUGCGCUAUCAGCGAUGGCAUUUGCUCAAGAUCUUGAUCUUACUAAUACUGCCGUAGAUACGAAACAACAACCACCAGAUAUACUCGUGAAUGGAGCUCAAAAGCAAAUGAAUCAAUCUCAAAUACUAACUCAAAAUACAACGAUUCAAAAGAAAAUAGUUCAAAGUCCGUUAUCAAGCAAUAUAGCAAAAGAGACACCUUAUGUGAACACGGCUUUGAAAGAACCGAAUAAAUUAUUGGACUUGGAUCAACAAGUGUCGGAAAUUUUAAUUCAAAAUGAAGUUAAUAAACCACAAGAAAUAUUCAGAGAUUACAUGAAGGAAUUGGUUACGAAAGCGGAGAAGAUCGGCUCAAACAGCCCAGAGUUGAAAAAUUUAGCAGAAAAGGCUGCAGAAUUGAAUGGCAUUCCUGAAAUCGAUGUUACUAUUUCUACGAACGUGACGUCAUCGCGUCUAGUUGUCGCUGGUGCGGUAUCGGGCUUGUUCGGUGUGGCCGCCGACCAACCGCCGCCCGAUAGCGGUUGGCGGAGAGAGCGGCAGGAACAUACGGAUAGCGACCCUAUAUCAGACAGUGCAGUGUUGGGUCGAGCGUGUCGCGCUAAGCGCGCGCGAACCGCGUCCCGCCGCGCCGCGCCGCCGCCCCCGCAUCUCUACGUGCCUGCCAGGUCUAUGUAUCUUGUAGCGUCAGAGAGCAGUGCAGUGGAAAGUGAUGCACCCUGGGAGGAACCAAUAAGUUCUGGAAACAAUUCGGCUAAAGCAGGACAUCGCGACGAUCGCAUGAAGGCAGCGCGACCCAUUUGCAUACAACACGCCACGGGACAGGCACAUGUCGAACAUUCUCUAUUUAUUCAAGGCGAAGGAAGUGACGCCGACGUAGAAUGCGCUCCACCACAGAGCAAGUCAGAAACGCGUAGAGUUCGACCCAAAACUGCCAGAACGAGACGAAAUCGAAUAUCUCCAGUCCUUGAUACGGGCAGCCCUCUAGAGCCAUGGGCGACCGCCCAUUUGUCUAAACUUACACAAUUCAUGCAUUCCGCCAGCGGUUCUUCUACAGCAAUGUCCAACAGUUCACCGGAGACCACGCCUCGACGAUAUUAAUAAAUAAAAUUAUAAAAAAUAAACGGUGUGCAUGUACUGCCUUAUAUCUUGAACCAUAGAGGUUAAGUGUAACUGCCAGUUUUUAAACGUAUUUUAUGAGUAGAUCUGUAGAUAUUAAUUUUGUAAAUAGUAAAUUGAUAUUAGUGUAUGUAAGAAGUAAUAUACAUUGCUAGCAAUAAAAUAAAACCACAAAUUCAA